AUGCUCAAAGACAUGCUUUAUGUUUACAAAAAAAAUGAACCCAGUAUUAAAAAUUAUGAACUUGUAGCUAAAUAUGGUAUUGGCAUAUCAACAUGUAGUAAAAUUUUAGCGAAGUCAGAUUAUUGGUUAUCCAUCGAUCCAAAUUCAAAUAAAGCAACUUAUAAGCGAAGCAAAGUACCAGUUUUUAUGGAAAUUGAAUCAGCAGUUGCACUUUGGACUAAAUACAGAUGUUUUCUUAUUCAAAACUGGUUGGAUAUAUAUGAAUUUGCACAUAACAAUCAAACCAAGAUAGAAGCAGUUAAUAUAAAGGAAGCAAUUGAAUAUUUUGAAUUAGAUCAUAAUGAUCUACCUCAAGAAGAUACUUCAUUAUAUAAUGAAUAUCUGGAUGAUGAAAACAAAGUUGAUUAUCUUAUUGAACAACUUCCAAUUAAUACUAAUGAUCUUUUAUCCACCUCAGAAUAUAUAAAAAUUGACAAUGACCUAUCUACAACCGAAAUACCUUUAAACCAAGAAAUUUUAGCCGCUCUUCAAGAAGAUGAUGGUGAUGAUACAAGCGAGCCCUUAAUUCAAAUUCUACUUAAAACAGCAUUGGAAAUUCCCACUGUAGUUACAGACUUUCCUACCACAAUCGCAACAGCAGCUAUAAAUUCUUAUAACAUUAAUGAAACUUUUCGCUAUGAAGCUAAGUCUAUAAAAACUAAGAUCUUACCUGUUAUUUCUCAUCAUAAUAGACUUAACCAAGAGGAAAUGCAAACAAAUAUUAAACUUAUCUUACAAAGAAGAGUUUAUAGUAUUCAUGCUCCGUUAAGAUAUAUGAUAGAACAAAAUAUUGUGUUUAAG